AUGAGGUUCCUGGUUGCUUUGGUGCUUGUGACCGUCGCAGCGGCGGGAGUCGCGCCGGUCAUUCCCUCGUCAGCCAACGAAAAGCUGUCUCCCAUUUUGGAGAAAAGAGAGACUCCGGAGAAAAAUCAGUCUCGUACAGAAGGAGACUCCAGCCAGGCCGCCUCGAGCCAGCCGCUUCAAGGAGAAGAUUCCCUCAGACUCGCUGAGGGACAGCAGUCCACGAACGACAGCUCUAACAAGCCAGAUCAGAAGGGGCAGCCCCCGAACAGUGGCUCUGGCACGCUGGCUCAGGAGAAGCAGCCCCUGAACAAUGGCUCUGGCACGCUGGCUCAGGAGGGGCAGUCUGUGGAAGACCACCCGGUCUCCAACCCCUCUGAUAACAAAGAGUCCACCAAGCCUGAUUUAAACACGCCAGGCGACAACGGAGAGACUUCACAUGCUUCCAAAACUGAAUCUGGGGAGACAGUAUUAGUGGACUCUCACUCCGCUUAUCCCCAGCAGGAGGGAGAAGGUAAGCCUUCAGAGAUUGCUGAAGAAGUGGAGCCCAAGGAGGCUGACGAAGGUGAUACGGAGCCUGAAGAAGGUUCACCACCCAAAGAAGAGAAAGAAAUGCCCAGCCUUGCCGCCAGUGAGAACCGUGAAGGGGUCCUUUCGGAUUCCAUGCGUGGGGAGAAGGAUGAUGUUUAUAAGGACAGUCUUGGAAGUGCCAGUGCAGAGAGCAGCCACUUCUUUGCAUAUCUGGUGACUGCAGCCAUUCUUGUUGCUGUCCUCUAUAUUGCCUAUCACAACAAGCGGAAGAUUAUUGCUUUUGUCCUGGAAGGAAAAAGAUCCAAAGUUGCUCGCCGGCCAAAGGCCAGUGACUACCAGCGUUUGGACCAGAAGAUUUGAUUUUUCUGUUCUUGAGAACCUUGUCCUCCCUGCUGAUUUGUUUCUAAAUCAAGAGAAAUGAAGAGAAAAGUACUGUGACCUAAGAGACACCCCUCCUCUAGGGUUUGGUGGCGAGUCUGGACUGGUAGAGGCGGGGGAAUUGCUUUGGGUUUUUUGCACCUGCACUUUGGUGACCUUGUACUCCUGUGUUCCUUUUAUUUAUGCUGGUGUCUUCCAUCCUUUCCCCCUCUGAGUGUGGGUAGAGGGAGCAUGUGGGAACCCAGCAAUGACCAAAGGGAGAUCCCAGCCCUGGGCAGGCUACUGCUGCUGACUUCCCUCCCUUGGGCCUUGGCUCUGUAGUAAAGUUACCCCUUGAAAAUAGCCUUGUGCUUGCCACGAUUUAUGUUCACAGACGGAGAAAACUCUGCAGGUUGAGGUGCUUUUCUACCAAGGCCUCUAACUUCGGUGGGAUGUGCCCUAUAAAAGAUGGAGAAGAUGCUGACUGCUGAGGGGCAAAGGGCUACUUUGAACCCAUAAUUCUCUUCAAAGGCCACAGCAGCAAACCAAAACAGCAGCUUAAAAAAAGUGUUUUAUUGCCUGCAAGUCCAACCUGUCUAGCAUAAGUUCUUCACAUUUUUCUGAUAUUUUCAUAUUGCUUAAGACAAAGUGAAUCAACUUCCAUUUGAUUGAACCGAGCAUAAAACUGAACUUGAGGAUUUGGGGAGUAAAGCUGUAAAGCCACUGAUUCUGUUGCACAUUUUUUAAAAAUAUAGUUAUUAUUAUUGAAACACUGUGUUCUUCCUUACUCACAAUCAUAAUAGGAACUUUUUGAAGUAGGGUAAGUUCAUGCUUUGUGCAAGAAAACAUGUAGGAGGAUUUUGAUUUGGGUCUGCAUUUUUUUCAAAGGGCUUUUAUGAAACAAGUUUCGCAUAAACUCUAUUUUUGCCUUUGUUGCCUAAAAUAGACUAAAUAGACGUGUAUUUAGAAACUAACUGUACUCUCUGUUUUACCUUAAUCUAGUUAAUGGCCCUCACAUCUGAUACAAAAUGCCAGAAGUAAUUAGUAAAAAUUCUCCUUUCAUCCCAUGUCAGGGGUUAUAAAAAGUCAAGAAAUUCAGAGUUGCCCUGGGGCACCUGAGGGUUGUGUCUUGGAUCAUGCUGUUGUUUGAAAUUUUAUAUAAAUCUCUUCGAGUCAUGCUACCCUAAUAUAGAGGGCCUAAAGAGAGUUGUUCCUGCAACA